UAUGGAUUUCAAAAACCUAUAUCCUAAAGCUGAGAGUUUAUUAUUAAAAUAUGAUGAUUUUCCUGUAAAAAUUGUACCCAUUUUUGAAGACGAAAUAAAGGAUCCAACUAGUCGCCAGACCUUAAGCGAAAUGAUGAAUAAUGAAAAAACUGUACCCGAAAAUGGACGUGCCUGUGGUAUUUUUUAUUUAAUUCACAGCCUUCUUAUACCAACAGCUAAACUCAUCACUGGCAGUGGAUCACAGAAGGCCAUUACUCGUUUUUCUAUUCGGGACUCCCAAGCUAGCUUUCUUUUAGUUGGAUCAACUGUAGCGGCAUGCGACGAAGAAAGAAGAAGAUUCUCCGGAGACAAAAAAAAACAUUCAACCACUGGUCAUUGUUACUGGAACAAUUUUGGAUCCUAAGGACAUCGUUGUAUUUAUCGAUGGUAUAAAGUUCAAACAAAAUUCAUUUAUUUUAGCAAUCGAUCUGUGUUUCAAAAUGUUUAAUUUGGAAUAUCCUACUGAUUCAAGUUUGGUUUGGGCCUUU